AUGGUCAGUCUCGUUCAUAGGGCUAUUGAGCUCGAAGAGGUCCAGCUGAGCACUGUUUAUACUCUUAUCGACAACGAAGGGGCCCCGGCUGCGAUCACGAAAAAGGAUAUUUUAGGCUGGCAUUUGAGAGCCAAUGCGAUCGGGGACUACUACGACAUCCAGCCUCUGUGCACGCUGUCCUGCUCCAAACUGAGAAUCGAAGUCAACAGAAACUGGUCUCCGCCCGACUUCAUCCACCUCCUCACGGAAGCUUGCACCACUCGCAAGACCGGCGACCUCAAAUUCCAUCGCCUAUUUGGUGAAAAAAUGGGCAAUCACCUGGAAGAUUUGCCGGGUAUCAUGUUGAGAAGCAUCGUUGCAUCCUCUUUGGGGCGAAUGGAAUCCAUGCAACAACAUAUCACACAACAGGAUUCGAUCAUCCAUUCCCUCGAGCAAAUCAAGUCCGCAGUCGAAGCAGGAAGGACGAUGGCGCGGCACUCGAACGUUCAAAGAGGCCCGUUUCGUUAA